AUGGUACAAAAGAAAAACUCGAACAAUACUCCUACACGCAGAUCUACACGAAAUAAAAAGAGUGCCGAAGAAGAACCGGAACAGCCCAAGCCUACCAAGCGCAUAACAAGGUCACUUGCCAAAAAGCUAGAAGAAGAGAGUAAAAACAAGGUUACUGAAAGUAGCGAAGACGUGGAAAUGGCGGUAGAAAAUCAAGAUGUUGAAAUGGCACAGGCCGAAGAAAUUGACGAGGAUGCUAAGAAAGCCGGAGAAGCUGAUGCCCUAGUACUCGCCGAUAUUAAACAAAACUUUAUUCUGCUUGAACGUGCUGUUGCUACUAUUGAGUCACGCUUUACUACAAGAGUGCUAAGAACUACUGCUUCCAUUCGUAAACGUUUGAAUGCUAACAUUUUGGCGCAAGCAAUUAAAGAAGCCUUCCCAAGAGAUUCUGUCGACAAGGCCAGACUCUUGAGCUAUUUGAAUAAAGACUCUGUCAUGGAAAUCGAUGCCGAAGAGAAUUCACGUGAAGCUACCUCUAUUUUACCCGAAAUCGAUUUAUACCUUCAUCUCUUGGUGUUAAUUUAUUUGUUAGACAAGCAAGAUUUUGACAAAGGUAUUCUGCUCGCAAAUGAGACGAUUAACAAAAUCAAAAAUACAAACCGUCGAACCUUGGACCAAUUGUCUGCUCGCAUUUACUUUUUCUAUGCGCGAUUCUACGAGCUUACCGGAAAUUUGGCCGAAAUUAGACCAGCAUUGUUGGCAGCUCAAAGGACUGCGACCUUGCGUCAUGAUGACGACUCUCAAGCUACUUUGAUUAAUUUAUUGUUGAGAAAUUAUUUCCAUUAUAAUCUCUAUGAUCAAGCUGAUAAGCUUGUAAGCAAAACAACUUUUCCCGAGACAGCUGGUAACAAUCAGCAAGCCCGAUACAUGUACUAUCUAGGUCGAAUUAAAGCAAUUCAGCUAGAUUAUACUUUGUCACAUACACAUUUGUUGCAAGCCAUCCGCAAAGCGCCCCAGAAUACCGCUACUGCUGGAUUUCAACAAGCUGUUUACAAACUUUCUAUCAUUGUUCAACUUUUGAUGGGUGAGAUACCUGAGCGAUCUAUAUUUAGACAGCCUGUCUUAAAGAAACCUUUGAUUCCAUAUCUACACAUUGUUCAAGUUGUCCGAAUUGGAGAUCUUUCAAACUUCCAGGAAACUCUUGCAAAAUAUGGAGAUGUGUUCCGUAAUGACAAAACAUAUACGUUAAUUCUAAGGCUGCGUCAUAAUGUAAUCAAAACUGGAAUCAGAAUGAUAAGUCUCUCUUAUUCACGGAUACCACUGCGUGACAUUUGUUUGAAAUUGCAUCUCGAUAGUGAAGAAGACGCCGAGUAUAUUGUAGCCAAGGCGAUCCGUGAUGGUGUAAUUGAUGCCAUCAUCGACCACGAAAAAGGAUUCAUGAAAUCCAAGGAAAUUGUUGAUAUUUAUUCUACGAAUGAGCCUCAAAUUGCGUUUCACCAACGUAUUAGUUUCUGUUUGAAUCUUCACAAUGAAAAAGAAUUGGCAUCUGCUGAGGCUCUUCGUGAAAGAGAACGAGAGCUUGCCCAGGAAAUUGCUGAAGGAGAAAUGGAUGAAGAUGAUGAUGUUGCCGAUUUUUAA